GUCAAUGUCAUUCAUCACAUCUUACAUUCACGAAUUUAGUUUUUGCUCAGCAGAGGUUAUAAUAUUAGUAGUAAGUUGAUUUAUAUCGUCAAAUCUAUAUUGGGCAUAAUGGCUCAGUUAUUUCGUACAAUAUUUAUACCCAAAAAUAUUAUAAUUAGGUGCUACAAUAAAAUUGUGAUAACCGACAAUGGAUCUACUAUAGUAGCACUUCAUCAAGAAGCAGAAUUUCCUUACGAAUUUUCGAAGCCCCUUCCUGAAGAAAAACAGGAUAAUUCUAUUUUAAAAAUGAAUGAUAAGGAUGAAGUAAGAAGAGUUUUUGUAAAUAUGAAACCGGAGAUUGCCAGGGAGCAACUGUCGGCGUUAACGUUAACAACAAAACACAGGUGGUUCCCCAGGGCUCGAGACAAGAGAGCAAAGAAGACCGAAAUGAAUAGACCUUAUUUGUAAAUGUAGCCUAUAAAUUAGAGUAAUAUAGAUGCAAUAAAUAUACACUAAAAUCUU